AAGAUGUAAUUGUGAAUCUGGCAUUUCGUAGAAAGUGAAAGAUAUCACCAAAACAAAUCGCUAAAUUUCAUCAUAUCACAAAGAAAAGUGACGUUGUAUGUAUAAUCCAGAAUGACAAGUGGUUUCGACCACCUAAAAAUCGCAUUCGUUUAUGAUUCGUUACACUUCCGGCUAGUGCCGCAGACCCUGAAAAGAAAGAUUCAUACCACCUUCUACAAAUUUUUAUCAAACACGACGAUGUUUGAAGUCCGGUGUCAUGAAGGAAGUGUACCUACUCCAUUGAGGCAUAUGAGAAGGACCGGCACAGUAUGCUAAAGGCAUUGGAUCAUCAUGUAAAAGCAAUUUACGACAAUAAUUAUUGGUGAAUAUGACUAACAGGAACAGCAUGGUAGUGAAAUUUCACGACCCAUCAUGAUGACACGAAACGGAAAUUAGUAUGAUCAUCAACUAGACUUCGCUAGGCGCAAACGGAAACCAAAGCGUCCAUA